UACAAAGGGCCACGCCAACUCUCUCUUUCUCUCUCCUCACCGCCGCCUGCACCUUUCUCUCUCCUCGCCGCGCCGGCGACCUCGCCGCCAUGAACAAUCUCCUCACCGAUUCGUUUGAGCUCCCUCGGGGGGGAUCUUCAAGAGAUGGGGACAUUGAAAUGGGAAUGCAUCAGGCUGAUCCUUCAGACAACCUAAAAGAUUUCUUGAAAAAGGUCGACGCAAUUGAAAGCCUAAUUGCUAAGCUGACGAAUCUCUUGCACAAGCUUCAGGCUGCAAAUGAGGAUUCCAAAGCAGUUACAAAAGCAAGGGACAUGAAAGCAAUUAAACAGAAGAUGGAGAAAGAUAUUGAUGAAGUGGGGAAAGUUGCUCGCAUGGCAAAGACAAAAGUUGAUGAAUUGGAAAAAGAUAACUUGUCAAAUAGACAAAAGCCUGGAUGCGGGAAGGGAUCUGCGGUAGAUCGAUCCAGAGAACAGACUACUGGAGUAGUGAAAAAGAAAUUGAAGGAGCGCAUGGAUGAUUUUCAGGUUUUGAGAGAAGCAAUCCGGCAGGAGUAUCGUGAUGUUGUUGAAAGAAGGGUCUUUACAGUAACUGGCAGUCGUCCUGAUGAAGAGACAGUUGAUAAUUUAAUAGAGACUGGAAGAAGUGAGCAAAUUUUCCAAGAUGCUAUCCAACAGCAGGGAAGAGGCCAAAUACUGGACACUGUCGCAGAGAUACAGGAGCGACACGAUGCUGUAAGAGAUCUAGAGAGGAAGCUCUUGGAGUUGCAGCAGAUAUUCAUGGACAUGGCAGUGUUGGUUGAGGCUCAAGGAGACAUGAUCAACAACAUAGAGACACAUGUUUCAAAUGCUACUAACCAUAUACAACAAGGUGUCAGCGCUCUCCAGAAUGCAAAGAAGCUCCAGAAGAACUCACGGAAGUGGAUGUGCUACGCCAUCAUUCUUCUGCUCAUCAUAGUGGUGAUCAUCGUCGUUGCUGUUAUCCAGCCAUGGAAGAAGGGUGCCUGAGCCUGACUGGGAAAAGAAGACCUCAGGAUAUAUACGAGUUUUUUUUCCCUGUUUGUGCAAUAUGUGUAGUUCUGUCUCUGAUUCACUUCUACCUACCCCUUACCUAUUCUCAACAAAGAGAGAACACAUUGAGAUUCGUUUGCCCCUUAGCCACAGUGUUUAUUCAUCAUCACACUAGAUUUCCUGUGUAUCUUUGGUGAUGUGUGAAACAAUGGUUCCACAAGUCUCAACAA